AUGCCUUUCAACACAGCCUUGACCCGAAAGCUCGGCAUUCGAAUCCCUGUCGUUCAGGGUGGUAUGCAAUGGGUUGGAUACGCUGAGCUGGCCUCGGCUGUCAGCAACGCAGGUGGACUCGGAAUCCUCACCGCGCUCACUCAACCUACUCCCGAAGACCUCCGCAAAGAAAUCCAGAGAUGCCGCACUAUGACCAAGUACCCCUUCGGAGUCAACCUGACCCUCCUCCCCGCCAUCGUCCCACCCGACUACGCCGCCUACGCCCAAGUGAUCAUUGAUGAAGGUAUCAAGAUCGUCGAGACAGCCGGCAACAACCCAGGCCCUGUCAUCACACAGUUAAAGAAGGCCGGCAUCAUCAUCUUGCACAAGUGCACAACGAUCCGCCAUGCCAAGUCCGCCGUCAAGCUGGGCGUUGACUUCCUCUCCAUCGAUGGCUUCGAGUGCGCCGGCCACGUCGGUGAGCACGACAUUACCAACUUCAUCCUUCUCAGCCGUGCUCGCCAAGAGCUCGGCGUCCCCUUCAUUGCCUCGGGUGGAUUCGCUGAUGGGCAGGGUCUCGCUGCUGCCCUGGCGCUCGGCGCCGAGGGUAUCAACAUGGGUACUCGUUUCAUGAGCACUGUUGAGGCUCCCAUUCACAACAACAUCAAAGAGACCAUUGUCAAGGCGCAAGAAACCGAUACGGCUCUUGUGCUCCGUCGCUGGAAGAACACUUCUCGUUUGUUUGCUAACAAGGUCACUCAAGAUGCUCUGAAGAUUGAGAAAGAGAGCACUACUGGGGAAUUUAGUGAGAUUGGCCCCUAUGUGAGCGGCAAGCGGGGUCGUCAGGUCUUCAUCAAUGGUGAUGCUGAUUACGGCGUCUGGACCGCUGGCCAAGUGAUUGGCUUGAUCCAUGAUAUCCCCACUUGCGCUGAUUUGUUGACUCGCAUCGAGAAGGAAGCUGUGGAGACUAUGAGCCGGACCAAGUCUCUGUACACCGAUGCUCCUGCCAGCAAGCUUUGA